AUGGGUGAGAUCAUAGUGACGCCCAAGGACGUCUAUCGGAUUCUUCGGAUUUCGAUUACAGGAGAGUUGGUCGUUUAUGAUGUGGAGGAAUCUGGUGGGAUAGACGCUAUGCGGGAGGUGUUUGUCGAUCCACAAAUUGCAAGCUACUCAGUGGCAUGGCAGGACAUGGUAGACAACUAUGGCCCACUCUUGUCAGUAUUGGCAGGUUUGAAUGGUAGCUUCCUGAUUCCAGACAAGAGGUUCCCACGAUUGACAUGGCCAAGAGAGCCCAUUCCUGCACUGGACGAGGUUGAUGAUGAUGAUGAUCAAGGUGGAGAGGGAGGUUGCCAAGGUGGUGGGAGAGGACCAGGGAGAGGCAGGAGAGUUGCUAGAGGUGGUGUGAUUGGGAACGGUCGCAGAGCAGGCGGUGGUAGGGGAGGAGGAUAUGAAGGAGGGGAUGGGAGGGGUGGUGGACGGGGAGAGAGGGGUAGAUGA